AUGGCUUCCACUACCGAGGACGGCAAUCCAGCACAUAAGAUGAAACGGACUGGACGGGCCCUUUGGAAAAGGAACACCUUCGGAGGGACGUCGUCAUCGCCGAUGGGGGAUCGGGUGAAGAGCCAGACGGGCCAGGGAGACGAUGUGCCGCUUCCAAUGGUUGUCAGCGACAUCCUCCCAUCAGCUGCGAGCUAUCAGAGCGCGCCGCCGAUCGAGACGCCUGUGCCUCUACCCGUGCCUAUGCGCGCGCCAACUUCGACGACGACUGCAGCACCUGGGUUGGCGAUGAAGCAAAAUACAAUGGCGGCGAACAAGAACAUAGUGCAAGCGCAGAGAGACUGGGAGAAGAAGCAGACGCAGGUGGAAGAUCAAGGUCCUACCCAAGAAAGACGUCCCCAGACGUACGUGGAUUUGCCAAAGGCAUCAACAAGGCUUGAAUCGACAGAGAUAUCCGGGACAUCGCCUCAAAGGCAAUUGACAUCAGAGACGGACGCAAUGGCUGGCCUGAAGCGCUUGCCAGAAGAGGCUCUGCUGCAGCAGAUGACGGAGUUGAAUAGACCUGCGAGUGUUAACCCGAAAAGGCGAGAGUCGAGACCUAAUACGGCUUCCUCUGCCGCGUCCGCCUCCACAUAUGCGUCUGCGUCUGCAUCUGCCUCUCCUUUGCCUUCCGACCCAGGAGAUGCCAUGGAUACUGGGGACGGCGAGACUCUCCGAACCGGCCUUCAGACCAACGCCGACAAUGCAUCAUAUUAUGCUUAUAUAGGUAAUUACACCAUGUUGCACACGGCGCUUGUGUUUGACACGGAGCUGACAUGGUUGCUUCCAGAGGAUGACGGAACCGAACAGAGCACGAACAACGCACCAAUUCCACCCGGCAAGGAACGAUAUGACGAUGGCGAAAACGGCGAGAAAUUAGCCUUUAUAUGCCCCGUACGGGAUUGCAGAGUUCUUCAUCAAAACAUGAGGGCGAUGACGUCGCACUUUCACGGGAAGCACAACCGCUCCUUGUUCAAUGACAAUGGUGAUGGCACAUUCUCCAAAGUUGGCGACUACGUGAACGAAGAUGGCAGUUCUCCAGGCAUCGUCGUGUCUCGCAACCCCCUGUCGCCCGGAGCGCCACCACCUGCGGUUCCAGACUACACAGAGAACCGGAAGAAGCAGCUCCAACUGCUCAGCAAGAGGAGCCUCUCAACGAGUAGAGUGGGCGUCGUAGGAAGUGCCCCGCCGGACACGUCGAAACGCUCCUUGCGCGGCGACGCGAGCACCGAAACCAUGGAAGAGAGACUGGCAAAGCGGCCCAAAACUACACCAGUCCCUUUACCCGUUCAGGCCAACUCCUUUGUGUCGCCGCCGCCGAUAGUGCGGCCAAUACCAUCUCCUCCCUCAAUAACGCCUACUCCUAUCCAGUCUUUGGGACUACCCAUGACCGAUGUUCUUCGGUACCUACAUAGGAGUCUCUCACCUACCCAGCAGGUCCCUGCUCGGUUGGAUGUACUCGCACUCUCGAAGUAUAGGCAGGUUCGUAAUUUACCGGGGUUAUGGUGGGAGCAUCAUCAUAAUAAGACGCUUGAUCCCCUCCAAUAUGCCUGUGCUCUUGCAUAUCUUGUUGGCAGGGCGGAGGAGAUGAAUCCCUGUGACAGGUGGAAAGGAUUGUCACGACUGAGCUCUCCCUGCGUGGGUUUGCCUGCAGAUCUACCAGCCGAGGCGAGGGCUGUGUUCAGCAAGUCGGUGACAUGCAUCGCGUGUCAAUAUCAGUUUUGUUGUUACCGGACUAAGAACGAAUGCGAAUGGGCCCACCAGGAUCAGGAUCUUGGAGGCAAGACAGAAGAGGCGAUACCUCAGAAAAACUAUCAAGCAGCAGUGGAAGAGGGCGACAAGGCAGCGGCAUUAGACGACGAGGACACGACGAUGAGAUGGAGCAACGGUUUGUCUUCGUCGGCAAGGCAACCUGAGGAAUACCCCGUUCAAGAUUCUGAGAAGAAGAAUCCCCCACUAGGAACAACUGCCCUGCACAAGCCAUCGCCUGCUGAGUUGACCGAGAUGGAGGAAAUGGAAGACUGGGAGAUAGCCCCUGGUACUAUGAAGGAUGAGACGACGAAUACCAAUAUUGGCUUUUCCAACGCCUACAUGUCUAACCAACAUCCUAUCACGAUAUCGCCAGGCCUUAGCUUCAACGUUCUCAUUUUGAAACCCGGGCACACGCAUCACUGGCCCAUCGAGGCGACCAAGGUGCGCACAUGUUCAGUAGCCUCGGGCAAGAUUAGCGUCAAGAUGGGAAACGACCAGGCCUUCAAACUCGGGCCGAACGGUGUGGUCGUCAUACGGCCUGGUCAGAGUUGUAUGGUGGUCAAUCGGCUUUACUCGGAUGCGAUACUUCACUGCACGACUCUUGACGAUUUGUAG